CAACUACCAAUUGCACCUCACGCAUGCCCUAGGACGUGUGACGGCUAUGCGGAUUGGCAGGUCUCGCUGUUGUGCUGACCUGAACUUCCUUGCAUGCUACCUACUUGAUGCAUGGAGUGGAGUGGUUAACCGUCGGAAGAGGGGAGGGGAGGGGCAGGGGAGGACGGAAAAAAAGUACCGUGCCACUUCGACACAUGAAACACACCCUCCUCCAGCUGCGCGCGGCUUUUACUGGCCCCCGUUCUUUCUCGCCGUAGCAGGAUCAAGAGAGUCUGUGGGUAAGGUGUCAAAAUUGUAUGGCUCCGAAGGAGAACAGCUCAGAGGCUUGGCUCGCGUGAGCGGCUGGUUGAAUUUUCGAGGCUUGCAUUUCCGUAAAAAGGGCCAUGUAAGUAGUGAGUACAUAGUCCUAAGAAGGUUGUCAGUAAAACAUUGCAAAAAGAACCCAACACUACAAGUCUUAUAUAUCCUUUCUAGCCCUGAGGUGCGAAACAUAGUCGUUUUCAUUCGGUCGGAUCAUAUUUACAAUUGCUCAUCUAAGCUAAUUGAUAUGCCUAUCUCAACAUUGUUCAUGGUUCGUUUCGGAGAGCCAGCUCCAAGACAAAAGGAAAGGUGAUGUCGAGAGAUAUAACACAAGAGGGCAACAUGUGAAAGCCCCCAAAAUGAACAGACAGAAGAACGAUUGAACAAACAAAACAGUGGCUGAGAUACAAAAAAGUGGAUAGCAAGCUCAUGAGGGGUAUCGAAAUAUCCAUAUCGAGAUGAGGAGAGUGGCGACGGAACAAGCAAGUUCUUGAUAUAUGCUCAAAUGAAGUUCCCGUUGUGGUGGAUAGAUGUGCCACUUUCGCGGCCUUUUCGGAGUGCCUUCGCGAGCAUCAACUCCCUCAUCCAAUCGAUGCGUUCAUCGCGUGUUUUGACAGCGAAGUAAUGCGCUUUAGGGCCGUUGAGGAAGAGAUUCUUCUUGUCGAAGUUACC